AUGGAAGAAAGCGAAGCAAGCAUAGAAGCGAUGCAAGCGUCGGCGCCUCAUUCAGCAGGAUCGCGACUACUCGGCAGGACUACAGGACGCGGCUUCGGGGGUUACGACUCCUUGCCAGUGCCCAGUGCCACGAGCACGGAACGCCAACCAUUUUUCCCCACUAUGCGCACGCCACGAUCGCCAUCGCACGCCCUGGGCGCUGCUGCCGACAUCCCUCCUGCUCUUGCAACCCGGGCUCCCAUUCCCCGUAGCUCCAGUAUCGCACACAGUGCCACACAGGUCCAAAUCACAUCACCCAGCGCAGCUUUUGCUGCUGACUCCAUCGAUCCAGCCAUGCCGUACAUCCGCGGCGGCGGCAAGGCCGCCAGUAUCGGCCACGGUUCCAUCGCCCUCACCGCCGACCAACUCAUCGCGACCAACGACAUUAAACGUCGUAAAAUCGAGCGCCUCGAAAAGCUGCUCCGUGGCGUCAUAACACCAUCCGUGCUAGACGAGUACGGCAUAUCGUACGGUAGCACCGCCGCCCACGGCCUUCUCGCUGGCGGCGGCGGUGGUGGUGGUGCUUCCCGCAGUGGUGCUUCCCGGCGGAACCUUCUGCCGCCGCCGCUGCCGUCGUCGCCGCCGUCGCCGGACCUUCGCCUUCGCAUGAGCCCUUCACAUCGUUGGUUGCUCUCCACGUCCCUGCAGAAAAUGAGGGAAAACAGAUUGCAAUUAUUGCAAAUGAAGGAAAAUUCAGGGCCGCCAGCGCCGCGCGACCCUCCCGCGCCCUCAGCCGCCGCUGCCGCCACCGGGACAGAGGUCCACGGUGGUUCGCCGCCGCCGCCGCCACCACCUCAGCGGCAGCAGCAGCAUUCGUCGACAGCGUCAGCAUCAGCGGUGCUGUGGAGCGGUCCCGCCAGCCUCCAUCUUGCGGUGGUGGCCCGUGCACGUACGGCAAGGCGGGUCCUCCGCCGACGCCAAGGGCCUGUAGCAGAAGAACCUGUAGCUGCGGAUGUGGCUAGCACAAGCGCUACAGCAGCCCCAGUUACGGCAGUAGCUGGAAGCCCAGUGGCGGCGGAGGCGGACGAUCUGCUCGCCUCGUCGCGGCGGCGGAGGCGGCGGCAGCGGGCAUCGUCCAUGUCGACGGAGGCAGCUGCAACGGCAGUAGCUGCCGUAGCAGAAGCGGCGCAGGAACCGGAUUCCGCCGACGUUCGGGGGGCUGUAGCUUCGCUGUCAUUGGCGGCGGGGGCUACAGCUGCAGCAGCGCAGCCAGCUACCGCUGGUGGUUUAGUGGCGGAGGCGGCGGAGGCGGCGGCGGAGCCUGAGAUGCCGGAGGCGGCGGAGGCGCUGCCUUUGGACCGCUCAGUUGCCUUUCCCUCGCAUCCGCACCAGUCUUCGCACCAACACCACCAUCACCACCACCACCACCACAACCGGCAACAGCAGCAGCAGCUCCUCCCCCAGGAGGCCCCGGAAGGGGAGGGGCCAGAAGCAUCACUGGUUGCUGUGCAGGUGGCGGAGGGCGACGUACGGCAGCCGUCACAGCCGCUGCUACUGCCAUUGCAGGAAGAACAGCAGCAGCAGCAGCAGGAGGUGGUGGAGGGUCGGGAACCUUGUCGGGCCUUGGGGGACGUGGCCAACUGGGUUGCUGGUGAAAUUGAGGGGGACGUCCAGCCGCCGCCGCCGCCGCCGCCGGCACCGCCGCAUCCGGCCGGGGAAAACGUUGCUACUCGGUCUAGGGCAGCUGUUGUCGUACUCAAGCCACGGCCGGCGCGCGCAGCCACCGCAAUCACCGGCGGCGACGGCGGCAUUGAUUCAGCACCAUCUGUAGCACCCCGCAAACCCCUCACCUCGCGGGGGAUGGAGGUGGAGGUGGAGUCUUGCCAUCGGGACGACGGUCCCAGCGUCCGGUCCCUUUGCCUCUUCCUCAACAGCGCGACCAAGGUGGGCAGUCUGGAGCUUAAUGCGGAACAGAUGAUGUGGCUUGAGGAGAAGUUAUGUGCUCAGGCGCCCUUGUUGAACUGUGUGGAUGUGAGCAAUGUCAUGUCUUCUUUGGCGAGAUUGACAGCAGACCCCCACCACUACUACGACUACGACUACAUCAACAACAUCAACAAAAACAACGACAACAACGACAACAACAUCAACAACAUCAACAACGAUAAGGACCACCACAAUUUCAACCAACAGUCUCAUCAUCAUCAUCAUCAUCAUCAGCAGCAGCAGCAGCAGGGGGCCGUAACUCGUAGCAGCCAUUAUAUCUCCCAUCACCACCAUUAUUACCACCAUCGGCAACAACAACAAGAACAACAAUACUAUUACGAUCACCAUAACCGCCGUAACCACAACCACCAGCAAGAUGGGAAGGGGGAGAUGGAGAGCUCGGGAAUUGCUGCUACUGCUACUGCUACUGCUGUUCGUUCUGCAGUGGCGGCAGUAGCUGAGGCGAUGAAUUCUGUUGGUGGCUACAGCAGCGCCACCACCAAUAAUAUUAGUCGUCGUGUACCUAUUACCACUACCACUACGAAUAAUGACGAGGUAGUUCAUGGGAGGAAGAUACGAGUUCGACCCCGGGUUGAAACAAUUUUGGCCAUUUUGUGGAGGUCGGCACAACUGCUGCCCCACACCCGAGCUGACGAGGUGGUCACAUUGCUGUAUUCCCUGGCGCGAUUGGGAUUCCGUGCACCCGGGGAGUACACGACAGCGCUGCUCAGCCGCUGUCUCUCCCUUCGCCACGCUUGCACCCCCCAAGCCCUGGCCUUGGUAAUUUGGGCGGCGCCCCGCAUCCGCCGGCGACCGCCCCGGUCGUGGCUGGCGGCGAUGGUGGAGCAAGCCGUACGCCGUGUCGGCGACUUCACGCCGCCGCUGCUGACGGCGUUGCUGUGCGGCCUGGCUCGGGCCUGCGUCAGCCCCGGCGGCCGGUCGGCGGCGGCCUGGAGCGCCCUGGAGCCGGCGGCGGCGGCGCCAUUUGUACGACGGGUUGCAGAGCUGCUUCCGUCGUACGAUGCACCACGCGACUUGGCAAACGUGGCCUGGGCGCUAGCGACGCUGCCGCCGGACUGUGUGCCGACCCAUGGGUCGCGGUUUUGGGGGGAUCUGGCGCGGCGCGGGCGAGAGUUGGGCUUUUGUAGUUUUGGGUCUCAGAGCCUGGCGAAUUUGCUGUGGAGCCUUGCGAAGGUGGCGGUGAAGCGCAGCGGCGGCGGCGGCGGCGCUGCGGUGGUGCAAUAUCAGCUCUUUGGCGGCGCCGCUGGCGUCCGUGAGUUGGUCCUGGCGCUGGAACGGAACCUGUACGACAUGAACGCCGCGGAAUUGAGCAUGACUUUGUGGGCGCUGGGUCAGUUACGUCUCGACCCGGGGAAGCACUGGGUGGAAGCGGCGGCGCAGCGCGCGGUGGGGCUGCUGCGUAGGAUGCGGCUCCGCGGCCUGUCGGCGCUCGUACAUUCCAUCACGUGGAUCAAGUCGUACGGCCCGAGCGAGGAGGUGGCAGAGCUCCAGCGACGAAUCGACAAAGAACCGGUUAGGAAUCACCUUGACCUAAGGCAUCGCUUGGAUAAAGAUGGACAGCGCUACGGGAAAGUGAUUGCGUACAGGUCGAGCGAGCUGCGCGCGGUGGAGUUGUUGGACGGCUUAUGCAGCAGCAUGCGGGACUAUUCCCUUGUUCAUCCGAUAGGAAAGAAAACCAAGUUUUGGCUCAAAGUGAAGGGCGAGGGGGCCGGGAACACAGGCGCUGUCACCCGACCCCAGCGGGAGGAGGAGGAUGAGAAGAGCAAGGGCAAAGUGCAAAAUGGGAAAAUUGUUCCUCACGGCACAAGGCAGCCGGGUUGCCUGUCGCCGCCUUUUGUACGACUUGAAGCUUACUGCGGGACUUUGCUGGAGGAGUACGAGGAGGAGAUCUAUGCUGGGGUCAUGAAAGGAGGCUUUGACUCUCAGGGCGUCGAAGCCGUGCUGUGCCGGAGCAUCAUUUCCCCAUGCCCUAUAGCGGCGCCUGCGCCGUCAGGCGAUACUGAAUCGGCCAGCCAAGCAGCGGCUGCGGAUGACGUGGAGCGCGAAGCGACUGCCGAGGAGGCGGCAGCCGCCGCCUCUGGCUACGUGGAGGAGCUCACGCUGAAGGGAGACGCGGAUGGCAACGUAGAGCUGUAA